CAGGGAAAAGGAUUCCACCGUAUCCAGUCUGUGCUUGUAACACAAGUCUUCCAGUCCAGCAAAUCUUUUCUAUCUUUUCCAGCUUAAUGACAUCCUUCCUCCAGCUGGAUGACCACAACUAUGCACACUGCUCCGAGAGGUCUGAUCUAUGCCUUGUACAGCUGUAAGACGGCAUCCCAACUCCUGUACUCGGUACUCUGACCGAUAAAGGCAAGCAUGCAUUGUUACAACCCCACCUACCUGCGUCAUUGAUCUCUGGAACCCAGGUUUGAAGGAUGUUUGACUCCGUGAAGCCUUAUGCAAACCAGGAUUACUACGCCCUCAAAAAGGAAUGCCAGCAACGCAAUCAGCUCUUCGAGGACCCCCAGUUCCUCGCCAGCGAGGAGUCGCUGUUCUGCUCAACCGCGCUGUUAUCCAAUGUGCAUUGGAAGCGCCCUCCGGAAAUCUGCAACAGCCCUCACCUCUUUGUUGACGGAAUGAGUGCCCAUGACCUCAACCAAGGCCAACUGGGGAACUGUUGGUUCGUGGCAGCCUGCUCUUGCUUGGCCUCGAGGGACUCCUUGUGGCAAAAGGUAAUCCCGAACUGGAAAGAGCAGGAAUGGGCCGUGGACAAGCCCAACAACUACGCGGGUAUCUUCCACUUCUGUUUCUGGCGCUUUGGAGAGUGGGUGGACGUGGUGAUCGAUGACCGCCUGCCAACACUCAAUGGGCAGCUCAUCUACUGUCACUCUAACUCCAAGAAUGAGUUCUGGAGUGCUCUGGUGGAGAAGGCUUAUGCCAAGCUAGCGGGCUGUUACGAGUCUCUGGACGGCGGGAACACAGCGGACGCGUUGGUGGAUUUCACCGGUGGCGUGUCGGAGCCCGUUGACCUGAUCCAGGGGAACUUUGUCACUGUGGAGGAGCAGAGGCUCCAGCUGUUUGAGAAACUUCUGAAAGUCCACAGCCGGGAGGGUCUCAUCAGCUGCUCGAUCAGGGCCACGUCAGCUGCUGAGAUGGAAGAGCGGCUGAACAGCGGCUUGGUGAAGGGCCAUGCCUACGCAGUGACUGAUGUCCGGAAAGUCCGACUCGGCCACGGUCUCCUGGCGUACUUCAAGGCGGACAAACUCUUCAUGAUCAGGAUGAGGAACCCCUGGGGACAGAAGGAAUGGAAUGGAGCCUGGAGUGAUAACUCUCAAGAAUGGAAGCAGGUCAGCAAGGGAGAACGGGAGGCCAUGGGGGUAACCGUGCGAGACGAUGGCGAGUUCUGGAUGUCAUUCGAUGAUUUCUGCAAGCACUUCACCGACCUGGUGGUCUGCCGUGUUCUGAAUACCUCCUUCUUCAGCUUCCACAAGACCUGGGAGGAGGCCAUGGUCAAGGGUGCCUGGACCAGACAUGAAGACCCCUUGUUAAACCGUGCUGGAGGCUGCAUCAAUAACCGAGACACCUUCCUUCAGAACCCCCAGUACAUAUUUGACGUCAAGAAAGACAUGGACGAGGUGCUGAUGAGCUUGCAGCAGAAGGACAUCCGUUACACUCGGCAACAGGGCAAGGGUGAGAAGCUGUCCAUGGGCUUUGAGGUCUACAGGGUGGAGUUGAACCGGAACUAUAGGAUGCACACCAUACAGCAGAAGGUGGCCAGUUCCGUCUACAUCAACUCCAAGACCAUCUUCCUUCGGAAGGAACUCCCCCAGGGCCGUUAUGUCAUCAUCCCCACCACCUUCGAGCCCGGAAUCACCGGGGAAUUCUUGCUGAGGAUCUUCACAGAUGUGCCGGCAAAUUUCAUGGAACUAACUCUGAAUGAGCCUCCCCACACGUGUUGGUCUGGGAUGUGCGGAUAUCCCCAGGUUGUGACUCAAGUUCAUGUGAUCGCUGCGAGUGGUUUGGCCCAACAGGAUGGAGCGUCAGGAGCUGACCCAUAUGUGAUUAUCCGGUGUGGGCGAGACAAGGUGAAGUCGCCUGUCCACAAGGACACACUGAAUCCCGAGUUUGACGUGAAGGGAAUCUUCUACCGGAAAGACGCCAAGACUCCUAUCCACAUCGAGAUCUGGAACAACAAUGUCUUCAGUGACCAGUUCCUGGGUCAGGUGACACUCCUGGCUGACCCCAGCGAUCUCCAGCCACACCACACCUUGCACCUGAGGGACAAGGGUAACCGACAGAACAACGACCUUCCUGGGACUGUCAACCUCAACAUCAGCAGCAGCAACGAGCUAGCCAAUUUCUGAAAGUCCCCGACACUUCUGCCGGAGAAGACAAGCAAGAUGGUUGACCAGAUCCGCUUAGAUCUAUGGAUAGGAAGGGAGGGAAGGUGGGGAAUUGGUGGUCCCCACAGACCUUUAUCCCCUCUAUCUACCUCCAGCUUGCCAAUCACCCAACCCUUUUCAGAAUGGCCUUUAAUAUGAGAAUUCCUGACUUCUUGCUCUUGGGUAGGCUAUACUUCUGCUUGGAGACUUACUGCUCCCAUGAUGCUGCUCCUCCCGGAACUUAAUCUGCUCAUGCAUUGAGAGAUUCCUCUUCCCCACCUUGGUAGGGGUCUGUCUCUGAGAGAGCAAGGGUUGCUGGAUGGUUUGGCGAUUAGGGAAAGGUGCAGGGGAAUUUUGUCAGUUCCUCUUCGUUCCCCUGGAACUCUCCUAGAAGGUGAAUACAAAAUUAGAUGAGAUAUUCCAUUAGUCCCCUAUCUCUCCGUGUGUUCAUCUCCCAACCACUUUGCCCACCAGCCCCAUCUUCUCUCGCUUCCUCUGUGAUUUCCUCUUUCCUUCCCCUUUCUCUCUUCUGCCUCUCUUUCUUCUUUCCUGCCCCUUCCUCCUCUCUUCUGUUGCCCUCUUCAUUACACUGUCCUCCUCCUCCUGUUUCCUGCUUCCCCUCAUCUCUCUGUACUACGCUCUUCCCUGUCUUCUCCUCUGCUGCAUUCUCUCUAUCUUCCCUCCCCCGCCCUUUCCCCCUCUCUCUUCCCCACGUCCUAUUGCCCCCUUUCCACCCACUCUACCUCCAGUCAGAUUCUGAUUCUGAUCCAAUGUACAGUACAUUGAGACAUUGCAAUGAAAUGCAUCAUUUGCGUUAACCUAAAGGUGUGCUGGGGGGCAGCCUGCAACUGUCGCUAUGUACUGGCUCCAACAUAGCAAUCCCACAUUGCUCUGCAGAACACAACAAAACAACAACAGCAGAACAAACCCUUUUCCUCCCUCCCGCCCGCUCCUACACACAAACAGGCCUCCAGCCUCUAGGCCUCCAGUCUCCAGGUUUCGACUUCCUGACUUUCAGUCGACCUUCGGGUUUCAAUCUUCAGAGUCAAUCUCCAAUGGGCUGGCCCUCUUGCCUCCCUGGAUCUAGCAACCUGGGACAGCCUGACAUCCACAAAUGUCCUUCACUCAUCCAUCACUUGGCCUUCAAGAAUGGAGCGGAGGCCCAGACUGCGGCCGCCUCCUGCCUCCUCUCCCAAACCCGCCCCUCCCAUCUUUCUCACACUCUUUACCCCCUGAGUCCCAACACAGUUGAAAGUUACCACUAUAAAGAACCUGUGGCUGCUUACAAGGAUGGUCUUAAUAUGCACACCCUCCAUAUUCCAUCUUCACAGACUGUUGACCACCACCGGCUGGGCUACCGGAUGAGUUAAACACUAACAUUUUAACUGGUCAAUCAUAAUCACAAUCCCUGUCCCUCCAGUACCACCCUUUCCCUUCCAUUUUCCACUCUGUGGCUGUCUGGCUUGUGAUAUUCUCUCACCCCCAAAGGAUGUCUAUUCUCUCUCACGCUUCUUAUAUCUUCUUUAUUUAGAGGUUUAGUACAGAAUAGGCCCUUCCAACCCUUCAAGCCAUACUACCCCAGUCACCCCCAACAAAGCGGAUUAAUUCUAACCUACUCGCGGGACAAUUUACGAAGACCAGUUAACCUACCCAGUACGUCUUCGGACUGUGGGAGGGAACAGGUGGACCUGGAGAAGACCCACGUGGUCACGGGGACGAACUACGGAGAAUGGUGCCAGAACCAGACUCUGAACUCCAGACCGCACUAACUGCUACACUACCUUGGAGCCAAAAACACACGGAACAUUUCACGAAUUUGCGUGUCAUCCUCGUAGUUAAGCCAUCCCUCCCUGUGAGAUCGCCAGGCCCAUCCUGAGAGCCAGUAACUCAUCCAGAGCAGAUGUACCAACACUGUUUUUCCAAGAGUCUUAAAGGACUGCAGCACAGAAACAGGCCAUUUGGCCCAUCUCGUCCAUGCCAAACUUUUGUUUUGCCUAGUCCUAUCAACCUGCAGCUGAACUGUAGCCCACCACACCUCUCCUGUCCAUGUACUUAUCCCAAACUUCUCUUAAAUUUUGCAAUUGUCUCAUAUCCACCACUUCCGCUGGCAGCUCAUUCCACACAUUCUCACCACCUUCUGAGUGAAGAACCUUCCCUCCAUGUUCCCCUUGAACACUUCUCCUUUCACCCUUACCCCAUGACCUCUAGCUCUAGUCUCUCCCAACCACAGUGGAAAAGCCUGCUUGCAUAUAUGUAAAUAUAUAUAUACACACUCAUAAUUUGGUAUUACUGUACCAAAUCUUCCCUCAUUCUCAUAUACUCCAGGGAAUAAAGUUUUAACCUCAUCAGCCUGUCACAAUAACUCAUGUGCUCAAGUCCUGGCAACAUCCUUGUAAAUUUUCUCUGUACUCUUCAAAUCUUAGCAAUAUCUUUCCUGUAGGUUGGUGACCAGAACUAGGCACAAUUCUCCAAAUUUGGCCUCAUCAACUUCUUAUACAACUUCAACAUAACAUCCCAACUCCAAAAGUUGGUCAAAGACGGGGUACUCUGCAUUCUGGACAUGCCAACUCUUAGGCACCAUCUACAAGGCAUAAGUCAGGAGAAUGGUGAAAUACACCAUUGCCUGGAUGAGUUUGGCUCCAACAACUCAUGAGGAGUUAACACCAUUCAGUACACACCCAUUCUAUCAACUUUCUCUUUCAUUCUAUCUCUGCCUAUACCUUGUGUUGUGGUCCACAUCUCUUCCUUUGUUCUCUCAUAUCUGUCUCAGACACUGGGGCAGGACAUUUUGUUGGGACCAUAGGAGUGAAGCCAUUUUGUGACACACCAGCCUUAUUCUGAGGGUGUGCACUGUCAAAAAGGUUCACUCAACUUCUAGGAUUAUAACUUUGAACUGAAAGACAUAAUCUGAGGACUUUUUACCAAUGAUUUUUAAAUGCUUUUUGUUUAAAAUAUGCUUUUAUAAAUAGAAGACCUCUUUUUUGUUUGUUUUACUGUGUAUAGAGGGCAGAAACCACUUAUUGAUGGACUAUCCUUGGCAACCUUUUGUUGAGCUGAUAGGAUGAUUUUUGUGUAUUCAAUUUGUGCCUGGACGAUUGUUUAGGAUAAGAGGUCAAAAAUGGAUAAUCUCUGAACCUGCAUACAGUUACCUCUUCCUGUCUCCACACUGACAAUACUCCACUCAACAUGACAGAGAUGAAUUGUUGCCAAGUUUCAUCAGGAGAAAGUCACUCCUGAGAUUAUUUAGAGCCUCAAUUUCCCUGGGAUUGGUCGUAUCUCCAGCCUUACCCUUAUGUAAUUGGUGUUCGACCCACCUUUCUGGAUCGGUGGGAUCUCCACACGCCUUGCGGUGAUUGGUGGGAUCUUCACACGCCUUGCUGGGAUUAGUGGGACCCCCAACCUCCUCGCUGGGGCUGGUGGGACCUCCACCCACCUUGCUGGGACUGAUGGGAUCUCUGCUUAUCUUACUGGGAUUGGUGGGGAGCGGGGAACAAGGCUGGGGUGAUCAGCGUGCUCUGCCCAGGUGCAGAUGGUGGACUGUUACAGAAAGCAUGAAUCAACUGCCUUUUUAAAAAAAUAGAAACUAGUUUCCCUUAUAAUGACUUUGGGCUUUAUUUACCUGGUGUGGCCUUGCAGAUCCCAUCAACCACCAGAUAGCAUCCACAAGAACUGCAAAAAGUAGAUGAUGGAAUUUAACAAAUUGUACAAUAACUGCCUUGUGGAUGCAGAGUGAUUAGCCUCAGAUUUCAAGAUGUCCACAUGGUUUAUCUUCUGUGGUAAAAUCAAAGGUGGAUUAAUUGGUAUUGGUUUAUUAUUGUCACGUAUACUGAGACAGUGAAAAGCUUGUCUUGCAUUCUGUUCACACAGAUCAAAUCAUUUGAUCACAGUGCAUGGAGGUAGAACUAGGUAAAACAAUACAGAAUGCAGAAUAACGGGCAGCAGCUACAGAGGAAGUGCAGGUAGACAACAAGGUGCAAGAUCACAAUGAGGUAGAUUGUGAGGUGAGGAGUCCAUCAUGGUGCACAGUCUUGCCACAGCAGGAUAAAGGCUGCCCUUGAGCCUGGUGCUAUGUAAAUUCAGGCUUUUGUAUCUUCUGCCCAUUGGGAGGAGAGAGAAGAGAGAAUGUCUGGAGUGGAAGGAGUCUUUGAUUGUGCUAGCUGCGUUACUGGGAAGUAUUGAGUCCAUGGUGGGGAAACUGGGUUCUGUGAUGGGAGAUAUAAACUGUUUGACUGGAUGUUAGGCCCUGCAGCCUUGUUAGUGCUAUGUCUAAAGCCUGAGCAGUUGGUGGUGAACCUCCCAAGUUUCGAGCAUUACCUGGUUAAGGUGUACCAUUAUUUAGAUAUAGUAAAACUUCCUCUGAUCUGAGUCCAACAAGGAGACCUGCUCUUCAGCUCUAAUCAAUGUUGAAAUGCAAGCGACCAUUCAACCCUUUGGAGUUGAUUCUAAAUUCCAACUCUCUCUGAUUCCAUAAUGCAGGUGUGUGGGAUUAGUAUAGACAGGUCUGAUGGUCAGCAAAGACUUGAUGGGCCAAAGGGUCUGUGUCUAUGCUGUAGAUCUCUAUGACUUGAUUGUACCCUCCUUUUUUCUUCAGUCCAUCACCCCUGCUGGGGCAUAGGCUGCCGGGAGCAGUUCGCCAGAGUCCUUCAUCCUGGGCCAUCCUUUUAGUCCUUCAGCGUGGAGCCCAUCAAAGAUCCUUCCCCUCCCAGGGAUGAGGUCUUUGGAGCUUAUGUUGGCAUUUCUGUAGCUCUGGGAUUUUUUUACGGGAUGGGAUUGCUAGCCCCGUGCCCAACUCUCCUCCUUUUGCAGCCGGGCUUGGGACUGUCCGUCGCAGAGUUGGUUGUAUCCUUACGUGACAAGAAACUAUCGACCUCCAUCUCAAAAGUAACAAACGAUUCCAAAUGCCAUCCUGAUGGUUGAGAAUUCCAUGUUUCCUCUGCCUGCUCUCUGUGAGUUUAAUUUGUUCCUGUUUAUCUUUCUACGUUAUCCAGUUCCAGUUUUUCUUUCUCCUUCUUUAUUAAUGGAACAUAGAACAGUACAGCGUAGGAAUCUGAUCUUUUGUAUCCUUCUAACUCAAGAGACCCAUCAAGAUCGUACUGACUAUUCAUUCCAUCCUACUCAGAAUCAGGUUUAAUAUCACUGGAUUAUGACAUGAAUGGCUAAUGUUCCACUGGGACCAGAGGAAGGAAACACUGUCUCCAACCUGUAGAGGGAGCAUUUGCUGGAGGCCAAUUCUUGGUAUCACAGGUUGGCUUCAGUCUGCUGAUGACAUUGGGUCUAAAGGGGCGUGGUGUUGCCUAGUAACUUCAAUAAAAGUACAAUUCGUACCAGAAAAAGUUUUAAAACUCCCCAGAGUUAAUUAUCUACUUGGAGACACAAGAGAUGCUGCAGAUUCUGGAAGGAUGGUGGAACCUUCAGAAAGGAUGCAGCAAAGGCUGCUGCCUGGAUUAGAGAGCACAUGGAUGAGGAGAGGUUGAGCGAGCUAAGCCUUUUUUCUUUGGAGCGAAGGAGGAUGAGAGGUGGCUUAAUAGAGGUGUACAAGAUGAUAAGAGGCAUACUGUAGAUUAGUGGGUUCCCAGGGUGGAAAUAGCUAAUAGCAGAGGGCAAACUCGGCAGGUGAUUUAAAGGAAGGUAUAGGGGGGAUGUCCGAGGUAGGUUUUUUUUUUACACAGAGUGAUAAGUGCCAGGAAUGCGCUGCCAGGGGUGGUGAUAGAGUCUGAUAUAAUAGGGUCAUAUAAAACUUAGAUAGGCACACGGUUGAAAGGAAAAUGCAGGACAAUGUAGGAGGGAAGGGUUCGAUUGCUCUUGGAGUAGGUUAAAGGCCUGCAUUGUGUUCUAAUAUUCUAUGUUAACAAUUAUUUUGUCAUUCUGGAAAAGUCUGUACCAGCAAUGAAAGAAAGAAGAUUUCCAAUUAUUGCCAAGAAUAAAUAACCCAUUUUUGACAUAAAACAAGAUACAAGAAUUACAUUGUUAUAAGAAAUACCCAUAUUUCUUAAGCCAGCUAACACUUAGAUCAUGGACUGUAGUUGAACACUAUUGCUAUGCUUAGUUUUGGAUAACGUCUAAACUAGGGGCAGCAGAUUAAAUCCAGAGAUUCUGCCAGAGUGAGGCCAGAAAGAAUUGUGUUGUGUCUGUAUUUUAUCAACAUAGUGGAAGGCGAGCAGUGCUGGCACCUGGUGGUAGACUGAUGACACUGCAACUUGCCAAUUAAUUUUUCUCUGCUUUGCAUGGAUCAAGUCUUCUGCUCACCGAUUGUCUCGCUGCAGCUUUACAAGUCCAUUACAAAAUUGUGACAUAUUAAAAUGUUUCAAUAAAAUGUAUUUUAUAUGAAGGAUACUCUCAGACAGAAAUAAACUAUAAAUACAGUU